GGCAGCUCUUUGGGGGGCAGGUGCUGGUGCAGCACCCCCACAUGAGUCCUCCCAGCAGCAGCCAUCGAUUGUCAGCGUGGCAAUGUCAGCCGUGCUCGGGUUGUCAUCUGUCGUGACACCCAGCUCGUGCUGGGAGGGGCUGCAGGGUGUGCACAUCCUGGAGGGAUCAGCCAGACCCAGAACCCAGACAAAAACUUGGGAUCCCCUACACAGGAUGGGGAGAUUGGCCACAAACCCUUCAGUGUCCUUCAAGGAUGGGGUUCCACGGGGUGACACGGUGGCACAGGCUGGUGCCUGGCCCUGGGCACUGUCUGCAGUGAGGGAGAGGAGGAUGAAGCCCUUUGGGGUGACCGUGGCAGUGGUGUCCCCCACCAGCCCCACCACGGAGGGCUCCCCCCCACCCCAAGCCUAUAAUUAAAGACGAUGUCCGUGGAGGGCGAGGAGAGGUUACGUAACUUUGGCGUUUGGAAAAUUCUUUCUGCUCCCUUAUCGGCUUUAUAAAUAUCUCGACCUGGGGCCAGGCCAGGCAGGGGGGAAAGCGAUGACAAGGGCUGAUGCCAGUCCCCACGUUCAGGCCCCUCCAGCCACUGUGCCUCAGUUUCCCCAUCUCUAUGGACAAAAGCAUCCCUGCUUCUCCUGCUGUUGGGCUGAGGGGAGGGCUCCUUGCUGCUUGUGGAGCAGCGAGUGUUCUUCCCCUCCAACAGAAAAAGAGGGGAUUUUUCUUCCUCUCCUGGAAUAGGCUUGAGGGUGGUUUUGGGUCACAGACCUCCUUAAGUGGCAAGACCGAAGAACCAAGGUCCUGCCUGCAGCACUGACUGCCUUGCCCUAAUCUGGUAUCACAUUCCCACUUUUUGAAUUUGUUGCGUUCUCCUGGCUGGUCUUUGAUGUCCUGAAAGUCUCUGGGUGGGGGUCAUGCUGUGCCUCAGCCACUGUGUGUUCCCAGCAGGAUGCUGGGGGUGGGUGCCUGCCCUGUUCCCCCUGCUCCAUCCCAGCCCUCCCCACCCUCUGCCGUGGCACAGCCGAGCCAGGAGAUGCUGGUGCAUGGCUGGUGACCACUGCAGGGGGUUCAGGCUCUGAGGGGGGGCUGGAGCAGGUCCCCUGCUCACGUGCACUUGCAUUUACGCCACUUGCAGAGUUGUGUGCCCGCGGGGAUGUCGGAGGGCGGCCGGGGCCGUGUCGAUAGCAGCACAAACGGCGCACACAGCCAAGGGCGGCCGGGCCGGCGUUGUGUAACUCUCCGUGAGGCUCUUCACCAGGGGCAUGUCACCGUGUCCCGAUGCCACCAGACUUGUCAUCCUCCCCAGUGCCACCAGACUCAGCCCCUGCCCCACCCAUAGGGCCCUUUUGCUCUGUGCCCUCCCAUUGCCAUCACGGCCACCCAGCCAUGCCAGGAUGCUGUGUGAUGUAUAUUAUUACUGCUCAGGGGAUGCAGGACCAGGACCCCAGGGGUUCUGCAGGCUGUGGCAGCAGCAUGACACCACCUUUACCUCUCCAAAUCUUCCUGUGACAGCAUUUUGGGUUUGCCUGCUGGUGCCCUUCUCCUUGUCAGCCCAUGUGUGCACACACAGCACUGCCUGGGCUCACCAAUGAUGGGCACUCACCUUGUUCAUUGUAGGGUUGCCCAAGGACACAUGUGGGGGUUGUUAUUUUAGGGCUGUCCAAAAAAAAAAAUAGGGAUCCCUUCAUUGCUGUUGUGAUCCUGCAGUGUGUGCCUGAGCAAGCCACCCACCUGUGACCUGCUCUGUGUGAAGGAACAGAGAGGGAGCACAGGCAGAUGUGCACCAAGCCUUGGUGGUAAAAAAAUGACCUUUUAAAUGCUUUAAAUGCCCAGAUCUCUGCCACAGGGUCUGUGUCUGCUGAGCCCCUUAACAGCAGAACCCGAGGUUGGGGCACAGAAAGAAUGAGUCAUUUUAGGGGCCUCGGUGUCUGGUUCCUUCCUAGCCACCUCCAUUUGAACAGGGCUUUCCAAGCAAGGUGGGUGCCUGGGUGGUGGCAGUGGAGUGUCCCACAGCUCCUCACCCCCAGGCUGCCAACAUCAGUGGAUGCUGACGUCGGGCAGAGAUUUGACUUCUCGCUGCCAGGGCCAGGCUGAGAGGGCACCCACGGCUGGUCCCCGUGGGCAGGGAAUGAGGGAGGAUUAAUUGAGUUUCUGAUCUCUGACGGCGAGAGGGCACGAGAGCAGUGACCCCCCCAGCGUUACGCAACGCCUGUGCUAAAUCUUCACGCAGCAGAUAAAGACGGUCCCCAAAAUACCCUGCCCUGCCUCUGCUGCCCUUCAGCUACUUGGGUUUGGGGUCAUGCCUGAAGUUUGGGGUUGUCCAGCUCUCCGGUGACAGAAAGAAGGGUUGAAAGGGAAGAAACAUUCUGACAGAAACCUGUUACCCCCUGGGAAGGAGACUUCCUCCAAACAGGCUCUGCUUGAGGAAUGAGAGAUUUAAAGGGAGCCCUCACAGGAUUUGGAAGACACUGAAACUCAUGAACUGCUGUGGGCAGAGCCAUGAGCUGGAGGAAAAAUAAUAGCUGCAAAAACAGUGCAAGGGCCUUUUUUGUCUUGAAGAUGCUGGACAGCAUCACAAGUGUGCCAGGGGAUCUGGACAGCCCCAGCAGAAAAGGAGGAGGAUUUUUCAUCCUCUCCUGAGAAGAUGGGGUUUGUGUCAUGGCCAUCAUUAAGCAGCAAGAACAGAGUGGUCUUGCCUUGGAACACCGACUGCCUGGCACCACCGUCUGAUCCACCAGUUCGGAAUGUGUCUCAUCCUUCUGGCUGGUCCUUCACUUCCCAAAAAGCUCUGAAAUCCCCUGCAAGCUGCUUCUAUUCCAACGCCUCGGGGACCACUAAGGCACUUCGGGCUCCCCACCGUUGUCACGGUUCCCCUCGCUGCCCCAUGGAAAUGCCACUGAAGGUGCACAUCCCCCUCGCUGGCGGUGGCUCCCAGGGGCCGCGGCCGAGGUGCCAGCUCCUGUACAUGUAGGGAAGAAGCGAGGCUGUAAUCUGAGCUCGGGAGCAAUUAGACAGGACAUCGGUGAAGUCCCCGCCGCCCGCCCGCUCCCUCGGCCGCCGGCACCGGGCUCAGCAUCCGCGGCUCUCGCUGCGAUCGCGGGAACCUCUCACGGGAUCCUCGUGGUGACGUGGCAAAGUUUGGGACUUCUCUUCCACCGCAGCAGAAUUUGGGGGGUGGGCAGGGGUGGGUCAGGGGGACACUGGGAGUCGCAAGACCCUUCACCUUCACUGUGGGCUUGGCUCAGGGAUGACUACGGGCAGAGUCAACCCUUACAGCAUCGUGUCCUCUGAGGAAGACGGGCUGAGGUUGACCACCAUGCCAGGUAUCAACGGCUUUGGCAAUGGGAAAAUCCACACCAGGAGGAAAUGCAGGAACAGGUUUGUAAAGAAGAACGGUCAGUGCAACGUGGAGUUCACCAACAUGGAUGACAAGCCACAGAGGUACAUUGCAGACAUGUUCACCACGUGCGUUGACAUCCGCUGGAGGUAUAUGCUCUUGCUCUUUUCCCUGGCAUUUCUGGUGUCCUGGUUAUUGUUUGGGCUGAUUUUCUGGCUAAUUGCACUCAUUCAUGGAGACCUAGAAAACCCAGGUGGAGACGAUACUUUCAAGCCUUGCGUUCUGCAGGUCAAUGGCUUUGUGGCUGCUUUUCUGUUCUCCAUCGAGACCCAAACGACGAUCGGGUACGGCUUCCGCUGCGUGACCGAGGAGUGUCCGCUCGCUGUCUUCAUGGUGGUGGUUCAGUCCAUCGUGGGCUGUAUAAUCGACUCUUUCAUGAUUGGUGCAAUAAUGGCAAAAAUGGCCAGGCCCAAAAAACGGGCCCAGACAUUACUUUUCAGCCAUAACGCAGUAGUGGCAAUGAGAGAUGGAAAACUCUGCCUGAUGUGGAGAGUUGGGAACCUACGGAAAAGCCACAUAGUAGAAGCCCACGUACGAGCUCAGCUAAUUAAGCCCAGGAUCACAGAGGAAGGGGAGUACAUCCCGCUCGACCAAAUAGACAUUGACGUGGGGUUUGAUAAAGGCUUGGACCGUAUUUUCUUGGUGUCUCCCAUCACCAUUCUCCACGAGAUCAACGAAGACAGCCCCUUGUUUGGGAUCAGCCGCCAGGACUUGGAGACAGAUGACUUUGAGAUCGUCGUCAUCCUGGAGGGCAUGGUAGAGGCCACAGCCAUGACGACGCAAGCUCGGAGCUCCUACCUGGCCAGUGAGAUACUGUGGGGCCACCGCUUCGAGCCUGUCUUGUUCGAGGAGAAAAACCAGUACAAAGUAGACUAUUCCCACUUCCACAAAACCUACGAGGUCCCGUCCACCCCCCGUUGCAGCGCCAAGGACUUGGUAGAGAACAAAUUCCUGCUGCCCAGCACCAACUCCUUCUGCUACGAGAAUGAGCUGGCCUUCAUGAGCCGCGAUGAGGAAGAGGAAGACGAUGACAGCCGGGGUCUGGAGGACAUCAGCCCGGACAACAGGCACGAGUUUGACAGGCUUCAAGCCACAAUAGCGUUGGAUCAGCGGUCGUACAGGAGGGAGUCGGAAAUAUGACUCUUGGUCCUUCCGUUGACUUUUCCAAGGGUAUUUUUUUUCCUCCUCUAAUCUCUUCCCCUACAACCCGCUCAAAUUAUGCAGAACAAUGCAAGUGCCAUAGGAAUGCUUGAGAAAUUAGUAUCGUUCAUAGUUUUCAGUUUCAUCGCAAUAACCACUGAGCGGUCUGCAGGAGGGGACGGUGGCAGGCCAUGGCGCGUCCCCCGCGCCCGGCGCCCGCGGCAGGGCCCACGGCUCUGGGGGAUGGAUGGACAGAUGGAUGGAGGGAUGGGUGGAUGAAUGGAUGGAUGGAUGGAUGGAUGGAUGGAUGGAUGGAUGGAAGGAAGGACGGAAGGAUGAGGAGAGGAGGGUCCGUGGGGCAUGGGCAGGUGCUCGCCCCACACGGCCCCGUGGGGCUUUGCUCUCCCUGCGGGGAAAACGCCAGCGUUUUCCUGGAGCUGAGCACUGCGAGAUCCAAAAAAGAGGAAAUAUCAGGAAACAAAUCUCACUCUCUCUCUUUCUUUUUUUCUUUUUUCUUUUAUUUUUUAACUGAGCAGCAACAACAAAACCAUUGCUCCUUUGGCAGGCGAUCUGGUUCAGUUGCACAAGAACAACACUUGAAAUAACAUGCAACAUUAAUGUACUUCUUUUUAAUUUGGGAAAAAAAGGGGGGAGGGAGGUGAGAGGGUUUUUAAUAUUUUCACCGCACCGUUUGGGAGACUGUUUACCAAAAUAAUAAUAAUAAUAAUUAUUAUUAUAAAAAUAAUAAUAAUAAUAAUAAUAAUAUUAAAUCUGAAAGAAGUCAUUCAGUAUUUUUUGAAAAUGAACAAGGGAAUGAAGAAACCACCAGGGUCCUUUGAGGGGGUGACUUGUUGGGUAAAUGCAGGAGCUAAAAGUUAAGAUUGUGUCCAAUUUUGGGGUGUUUUUUUACCACUGGCAUGGCUUCAUAGGCAGAAAACAGAUGUAAGUGACUAUAGGUCUGUGGCAGUGAAAGAAAGUAGUGGAAUUAUUGACAAAGGAGGUAAUAAGGAUUAGCAGGGCUGUGAGAGAAAAAAGCAUUGUAAACACGGUAAUUAGCCAGUUUCUGGAAAUGUUGGAUUUCGGGGUAGAAAUGGGGUCUGGAGCAUUAGCUGCUGAAGUGUUGGGUCUUCCCCAACAUCUCUGAUGGGGAAUUCAUAAGGUUCACCAUAAGAGUGAAAAGCACAAAAAUGAGAGUGGAGAGCUCUCAAAAGUGGGUAUCUCCCCACUUUUCUGACCAAUUUGGUAUUUUUCUUCCUUAAAGAACAUUUUCAAAUGUAGAAAUCAAUGGGAAAGUCAUCUCGUUGGGCUGCACUUUGAGUCCUGGAGCUGUGUCCGUGUCAGGCUGGGCUUUAUGAAUUCCCAACCCACCAGAGAGUCCUGCUUCAGAGGCAGAUGUUAUCCCCAAAAGAACAGACGCCAGUUGAGAAAAUCACCCCAUCUUGCGCUUCAGCCCAUCCCUGUGUCCCGGCCUCAAGGUGGAUUGUGCCUUAGAGAUGCGGACUCAUCCCGUGUCCCAGCCCUUCUCCACAGCCCCCAUCCUGCAUCCCCUCCUCUGGGUGAUGCCCCUUUCGCUCUGCAGCACCCACUCCCCUCAUCCACCGCCUUUCAGGCUGGCCUUGGUGACAACCUGCUUUAGCUUUAGCUCUGGCACGAGGCAAAGCACCCCAUGCAUGGGAAGCCUCCGCUCCUGCCCUGCUCCCCGCAGAGGGAAGGAGUCAGAAAGGUGCAGGUUUGUGGGUCCCUUCAUCUGGCUGUGCUGCUCGUUGGUGCUCUGGGAGCUGAAAUCUGGCUCCCUGAUCCCUGUGGCCACGGGAAGGGCUUUGUACCCAUGGGCAUCCCUCAUCUGACCGUGGGCACAGAGCCCCUGGGGAGAGGGCUCAACAGCAGGGUCUUCCAUGGCAUUUUGGCUGUGAUGGGCUCCUGGUGCUUUUCCCCCCACAGCCCACACCAGGGAAGCUGUGUCCUGGGGUCAGGACUUGCUGUGGCGUGUCCAAACAUGGGUGGCAGAAGCAGGAUUUGUCCUGUGUCCCCAUCCCCAUCUUCUUCUUGCCAAGGGCUCGGGGGAACCUCUGCCCUGAGUGUCCCACUGCCCUGUGCCACCGAGCACCGUGCUGGGGACAUCACCUCUGCAGAGUUUCUUCCCACCAGGGUCUGUCACCAUCACCCCACACUGCCCACCAAGAGGCUGCUCUGUUUUUGGCUUCCACUAAAAACCUCUGGGAGAAAACCUUCUCCAGGGGCAGCACUGGGAGGCAGAUUUUUCAGCACUGAGUGCCCCAAAUGCGUUUUCCCCAAAUGUGGGGACACGUAGGGAUGUGCCAUUGAGCUCCAGCCACGAUAUUUCUGUUUCUAAGGCAGCGAAGGCGGAUGCCAUCCCAUCACCAAUCCCUUUGCUCCUGGGGGGAUGCUUUUGCCCCCUGCUUUUUGCACCACAGCAUCUGGGGGGUGGGAAGGAUGGAGGGGGGGGCAGAGAGAUUUUGUGUGAGCACUACUUAUUUAUUUUUUUAAAACAAAUGCUUUUAAGUGGUUUUAGGUUCUUUUGAAUAAAUAAUAAUUAUUAAAAAAAAAUAAAAGGUGCACAUCUUGCUGCUGUAGAGUUCUCAGAGGGUUAAACUUCUUUAUAAAUAUAUAUAUAUAUCACAGUAAAUAUUUGUAUAAAAACGAAAGAGAAAUAGAGAUGUCUUUAAGUAAAUUAUUGCUUUUAAAGAAACUUCUAUGAUUGUACAGUGUUACCUGGGAGAAUAGAAUAAUAUAUACAGAUGUAUUUUUAAACUGCUGUGUAGGAGGAUGUGAACUGGGACAGGGAGCGCCUGUGGCUGGCACAGUGAGGGGAUUUAGGACCUUCCCUGGCCCCUGUUCAUGCACCCCCUGCCCCAAACCCUGCUAGUGAGGGUCUAGCUCUGGUGAGACGUCCUGUAUCUACUGUAUAGUCCUUGUCCUGACCAUGGACCACACCGGUACAUAGUGUAUAAAUAUUAUUUUUGCCUACCUGUGAGAGCUCAGAGCUACUGGUCUUUCUUCCUACCACCACGGAGCAUCGGGAAGGCUGCCUAGCCAUAGUUUAAAUCCCAUUAAUUGUCUAAAAAAGGGGUAAAAAAAGAGGAAAAAAAACCAAAAAAGGUGGAAAAAGCCCAAGCUCAGCACUUGGGUUUCCUUAGGGGGCUGGGAAGACACAGGGAUGCUCUGGGGGUGUGGGGUUUUGGGGAGUGGAAUCCCUGUGGGAAGGGGCUUGGAGACGAGCAAGGUGAAAUGUCCCCCUCAGAAAAAACCCAGCCGCCGGCCAUUUCCUCGAGCAAGCCAGCUCCAUCCCUGGAGUUCACUUGAUCCUUGGAGGACGGCAGGAGGCCGAGAAAGGAGAGAGCCGCUAAUCCUCUUGGCCAGCAUCCCGUAGGGAUUGCCCUGGGCCGGGGCUCCGGCAGCAGCAGCUCCCCGAGCUGGGGGUCGGGGCUGCACCUGCUGCUGCUGCUCCCGCUUGGCUUCACCCUAAAAAACUCCCCAGUGAGAGCAGAAAGCAGCCGCAUCCCCGCGCCCCAAAGCCACCCCUGGGAAGAGCAUCCUGUGCCCUGGGGGCUCCUCACUCGGCCGGGGGCCAUCGGGAUGAGCCUUAGCUUCUCAUCACCCAGUUUAGUGCACUUUGUCUUUUAGGGCUGGGACAAUCACUUAGCGCUCAACCUUUCGCGAUUCGGUGCCUGCUUGACCUUCAAACCUUUUGUAGGAGAUGACUUCAGAGCCACCUUUUCUAUCUUUAAUAAGGCAGAACAAAUACGUUUAUUUUUAAACCCUCCUGCUCUUUCCUCUCGUGCUGACAACCAAAAGAGUCCCCUGAGUGUGCUGUCCCCUCCUCUCCCAUUUCUUGCACGCAGAAAGGAGCGUGUGGCAGCCGUGUCCGGCCACCUCCUGCUCUCCCACCCCCCAAUUCAGGAACGCUGCCACGGGGGGGUUGGCACAGGGCAGGAUCCAGAUGGGUCAUGAGCAGGGACAGGACGUGGGGCACUGCCCGACCCGAUGCCAUCCAUCCCCUCGCCCGCCAGCUGUGCACAUCUGUCCUGCUGCCCACUCCCAGGGCACCGUCUCCCCUCCAUCUCCCCCCAAACACACCCCAGUGCUCCCCCAGGCUCGGCCCCACCUGGGUUUGGGAUCGGAGACCCGGCACCAGUUCACAGGGCAGGCUGGCAACUGGGAGCACUGGUUUUCCCAGGGGUAACACGCUGAGUCUGUUCGCUGGGGCAGUGGUGGUAGAGAAGCUGAGGGAUGCAAUGAAUUAUCUGUACCUUUUCCACCUCCGGUGUUUCUCUGUCUCAUUGCACAUAUAUUUGAGAUAUAUGUGACAAUGUAUAUAUAUAUUUGUAAAAUGUAUUUCAGAUGACAAAACUGGCCAAUUUUAUGUUAUUUUAAAUAUAUUAUAUAUAUUAUAUAUAAGAGUCUCCAAAAGAUAUAAAUAGACUAGAGAAAAUAAUAUAAAUAUGUAAUAAAUGUA